AUGCAUCUUUACCACUUGACUCUACAAGGACAAACGUCAAUCAAUCAAGCUGUACACGGAUCUUUCACUGGUGCUUCUAAACAACAGGAAGUGUGCGUCGCUCGUGGAACCACUCUGCAACUCAUUUUUUGUGAUCCUAAAUCGGGAAAGAUUCAGACACUUUGCACACAAGAUGUGUUUGGAGUCAUUCGCAGUCUUUACGCAUUCAGAUUGACUGGAUCUAAUAAAGAUUACGUGGCGGUUGGCUCGGAUUCUGGACGAAUCGCGAUUCUCGAGUACAAACAAGAAAGGAAUUUAUUUGAACGAAUUCAUCUAGAAACUUACGGGAAAACGGGAUGUCGUCGAGUUGUGCCCGGACAAUAUCUUGCAGCCGAUCCGAGAGGCCGUGCUAUUAUGAUUGGUGCCGCUGAACGACAAAAGUUGGUCUACAUCUUGAAUCGAGACGUUGAGGCGCGACUGACGAUCAGUUCUCCUUUAGAAGCACACAAGACUUACACGUUGUGCCAGGGAAUGGUUGGCGUUGAUGUCGGCUUUGAAAACCCGACAUUUGCCUGUCUCGAGUUUGACUAUGAGGAAAUCGAUAAUGAUCCGACCGGAGAGAACCUGAAGAAGACACAACAACACUUGACUUUCUACGAGUUGGAUCUCGGUUUGAAUCAUGUGGUGCGGAAGUAUGCAGAACCGUUGACUGAUCUUGGAAAUCAUUUAAUUGCAGUUCCCGGAGGACAAGAAGGACCAUCGGGUGUGAUUGUUUGCUGCGAGAACUACUUGGUAUACAAAAAUCUUGGAGAUCAACCGGAUAUCAAAUGUCCAAUUCCUAGGAGAAGGAACGACCUUGAUGACGCUGAUCGCACACUGAUGAUUGUCUGUUCGGCCACUCACAAGACCAAAUUGUUGUUCUUCUUUUUGGUGCAAUCCGAACAAGGAGAUGUUUUUAAGGUCACUUUGGAAACCGAUGAAGACCUUGUGACGGAGAUGAAGAUUAAAUACUUUGACACUGUUCCUGUGGCGAACGCGAUGUGCAUCUUAAAAACUGGAUUCCUGUUUGUGGCUGCCGAAUUUGGAGAUCAUCAAUUGUAUCAAAUUGCCAACCUUGGAGACAAUGACGAUGAGCCCGAAUACUCUUCUCGAAUGGAACUGGAAGAGGGAGACACUUUCUUCUUUGCGCCUCGGAGUCUGCAAAAUCUUGUUCCAGUCGAUACGAUUCCAUCACUUUGUCCACUAAUCAAUACACAUAUUGCCGAUCUGGCUCGAGAAGAUGCUCCGCAAAUCUAUGCAAUGUGUGGUCGUGGUGCUGGAUCAAAGUUGAAAGUUCUUCGCAAUGGUCUCGAAGUGUCAGAGAUGGCCGUUUCUGAGCUUCCCGGAAAUCCGAAUGCUGUGUGGACAGUGAAGCGCAAUGUUGAUGACAAAUUUGAUGCGCACAUCGUGGUAUCUUUUUUGAACGCUACACUGGUGCUUGCUAUCGGUGAAACUGUAGAAGAAGCGACGGAUUCUGGAUUUGUCGCCACUCAGCCGACAAUUGGAUGUGCUUUGAUUGGUGAUGACAGCAUGCUCCAGGUGUAUCCAGACGGCAUUCGUCAUAUUCGAUCUGAUCGGCGAGUGAAUGAGUGGCGAGCGCCCGGUAGAAGAACGAUUGUGAAGUGUGCAUUGAAUCGCCGACAGGUUGCGAUCGGGCUGUCGGGAGGAGAGAUUGUUUAUUUCGAACUUGACAUGACUGGACAACUGAAUGAAUUCACCGAACGCCGUCAAUUGCCAGGGGAGAUUCUCUGCAUGAGUAUGUCCGAAGUUCCAGAGGGAGAGAUUCGCUCUCGUUUUCUCACCGUCGGAGUGAGCGAUUCUACUGUUCGUGUGAUAUCUUUGGAUCCUUCGGACACACUUGCUCCAUUGAGUUUCCAAGCUUUACCUUCACCACCUGAGUCUCUUCUUUUAUUGGAAUCAUCGAGUGAAGAUGGAAAGGGUGUUAGCACAAUUCACCUUAAUAUUGGCUUGCAGAACGGAUGCCUAUUACGAACAACGGUUGAUUCAGUUACCGGUGAUUUGAUGGACACAAGAACAAGAUUCCUUGGCACUAGACCUGUUCGUCUCUUCCGUGUUCGUGUGCUAAACAAAGAUGCGGUUCUCUGCACAUCAUCCCGAUCGUGGCUCCUUUAUCAUUAUCAAAAUCGGUUCCACUUGACCCCACUCUCCUAUCCAUCGCUGGAAUUUGCCUCUUCAUUUGCGAGUGAACAGUGCGCUGAAGGCGUUGUUGCUAUUACUGAAAAUACACUGCGGAUUAUCGCUGUGGAAAAACUCGGAGGGGCGUUCAAUGAAGUCAUUCACAAACUUGCAUUGACACCUCGACGGAUGGUUGUCCACCCAUCAGCGAACACAAUUAUGAUGAUUGAAACUGAUCACGCCACUUACACAGAACAAAUGAAGAACAAGAAACGAAACGAUAUGGCCAAUGAUAUUGAAAGUCUUGCCACUGAUGAACAAGAGCUGGAACUUGCUAGGGAGAUUGCCGAAGGAAUGCGAAACACAAAACUUGAUGAAAGCGUUUUUGGAACGGUCAAAGGAGCUCCAACGAGAUGGGCUUCAGUUGUUCGUCUACUAAACGCGAAAACGGGAGACAUUCACUCAUUUUUUGAACUACCACAAGAUGAAGCGGCAAAAUGCAUGACGUUGAUUCAAUUCCAUGCUCAACCCGACACUCUCAUGGUGCUUGUCGGAUGCGCGAUCAGCGUGCGAUUACGUCCGUACUCACACCGUGGUGGUUGCGUCUACACGUUCUUGUUGAGCAACUCUGGCGACAAAUUUGAUCUCGUUCAUCGAACCCCAACUGAAGAGCCUGUGACGGCUGUUCAUGACUUCCGUGGAAUGGCUCUUAUUGCACUCGGCAAUCGCCUUCGAAUCUACGAAUUUGGAAAGAGGAAACUUCUGGCGAAAUGCGAGAAUAAGGUAAAGCUGUUG